ACACCCUAGUAUUUGCUCAUUUGAUUGGCACAAGAUUUUCGUUAAAAAAAUUAAAGCCCAAAUGGAUUCUAUGCUUGUUCUACAUGAAAAACUUCACCUUAAUUCUAUAUUUUACUUCUUAUGUUCUAAUAUUGAAUCUUUGCGUUUAAUGCAUGAUUUUUAUUAUUCAAUUAAGCCCGCACCAGCUUAUGCAUGAAGGCUUGGAAAUGAUAUGGUGUGUAACAUAUAAGGUGGACCAAGCAAAUUGGUAACCAAUUAUAAAUUCUAGAACUAUGAAAGGGAUACCAUUUUGACAAAUCGAAUUUCAGAUUAUUUUCAAUUUUCUGUUCAUCUGUUCCUUAGCCAAGUUUACGGGAAUGACAUGAAAAUUGUGAAACAAGACCUCUUGUUAACUCAAUUGAGACAUAUUCUUUCUGUUAAGUUAAAAAAUGAGAACUCCCUUUGAGCUAGAGGUCGAAGAUCACAGUCCCACAAAAUCCAAAACCGGAAAGUUCUCCUUUCCUUUGUUGAUAAGUUUAAGUGAAUUACAUUUCUGCAAAACUCUAUAAAUUUGAUUUUUUUUGGGGUCACAAAUGCCAUACAAUUAAUUAGAUCAGAAGAAUCAAAACUUAAGUCUAUAUUCUCUCUUACAAACCGAAUAUGACGAGCUUCAAAAUCAUUUCAAUAUAUUGCUUUUUUGUUGUUGGAGCUCUUUACAUCACAUUAACCCAUGCAGCCACUUUCAACAUCCGAAAUAACUGCCCCUACACGGUUUGGGCUGCAGCAGCGCCUGGUGGCGGGAGGCAGCUCGACCAUGGCCAAGUCUGGGACAUCAAUGUAAGGUCUGGAACAGGAAGUGCCCGCAUCUGGGCUCGAACCAAUUGUGAAUUUGAUGAAGCGGGGCAAGGCAAAUGCGAGACAGGUGACUGUGGAGGGCUCCUCCAAUGCCAAGGCUAUGGUGUACCCCCAAACACCCUGGCUGAAUACACAUUAAACCAGUUCGGUGGCAUGGAUUUCUUUGAUAUCUCUCUUGUUGAUGGGUUCAAUGUUCCCAUGGAAUUCAGUCCAACCUCUGGUGGGUGCACUAGAGGAAUCAAAUGCUCUUCAGAAAUUGUGGGGCAGUGCCCUAAUGAACUUCAGGCCCCUGGUGGGUGUAAUAACCCUUGUACCGUGUUCAAAACUGAUCAAUAUUGUUGCAAUUCUGGGAGCUGUGGUCCUACAAAUUUCUCUAGUUUUUUCAAAGAAAGGUGCCCCGAUGCUUACAGUUACCCUAAAGAUGAUGAAACAAGCACAUUUACAUGUCCCGCUGGGACUGACUAUAAGGUAGUGUUCUGUCCUUGAAAUACUGGUAUUGUUGAUGAAGUCAUUAUGUUUUGGCUUUUGUGGAAUGCUAUGCCAUGUAGUAUGUACCAAUAAGAAAGCCAAGAUUCAUUUAUUUUAUUCUAUCCAUGAUUGUAUAUGUGACGAUUAUAAACAAAAAAACUCAUUCUUUGUAUCCAUAAUCCAUAUUGUUUGAUCAGCAACUAUUGUUUAUACUAGUCAAAGAAUGCUCUAUUUUAAUUAAAAAUGCUAUUCUCAAAAAGAUUUGUUGCUACUCUCAAAAAGAUUUGUUUGACUUUUGAUCAAAUUAAUAUAUUGCAAUCU